GCAGGGUAUGCCCCAGCAACGUCCACACUGUGUAAGGUAGUGUGACAGACGUGUAUGCGUACAUUUACGUACCAGUGCAUGUAGGAAGUACAUCUAUUACAGCCCACCUCCAUGCCUUCCUAGCUGUCUUCUAGCCUUGCUGUCCGUAUCGCCAAUUGAACAUCGACGAUCUGGCCAGAAACCUACGCAACACAUUUCCCGGACAUAGAAACCACCAUUUCCUCCAAAUUCCAGGUGCAGACCCGCAGACAACAUGGCGGCGGGCGCCCAAGUAAUCGCAAACUCGGGCCACGAUGGCAUGAUCCAUGAUGCGGUUCUGGAUUACUACGGCCGGCGGUUAGCGACGUGCUCCUCGGACCGCACCAUCAAAAUCUUCGAGAUCGAGGGCGAGUCCCAGAGGCUCACGGAGACGCUGAAAGGUCACGAUGGCGCGGUGUGGUGCGUGUCGUGGGCGCAUCCCAAGUACGGCAACAUCCUGGCGAGCGCGGGCUACGACGGCAAGGUCCUGAUCUGGCGCGAGCAGGGCGGGAGCUGGCAGCGCAUCUUCGACUUCGCACUGCACAAGGCCAGCGUCAACAUUGUGUCGUGGGCGCCGCACGAGGCCGGCUGCCUGCUGGCGUGCGCGUCGUCGGACGGCCACGUCAGCGUGCUCGAGUUCAAGGACAACAGCUGGGAUCACAGCCUGUUUCAGGCGCACGGGCUCGGCGUCAACUCGGUGUCGUGGGCCCCGGCCACCAUGCCCGGCAGCAUCGUCAGCAGCAACCCGGGCCCGGGCUCGACGGGCAACCGGCGCUUCGUCACGGGCGGGUCGGACAACCUGCUCAAGAUCUGGGUCUAUGACCCGCAGGCUAAGGCCUACAAGCUCGAGCGGGAGCCGCUGACAGGCCACACGAACUGGGUGCGCGACGUGGCCUGGAGCCCGACGGUGCUGCAGAAGAGCUACAUUGCCAGCGCGUCGCAAGACCAGACAGUGCGCAUCUGGACGAGCGACCCGGCCAACCCCACCCAGUGGAACUACAAGGUGCUGCCGUUCGACGCGGCCGUCUGGCGCGUCAGCUGGUCGCUGAGCGGCAACGUCCUGGCCGCCAGCGGCGCCGACAACAAGGUGACGCUGUGGAAGGAGAACCUGCGCGGCGAGUGGGAGUGCGUCAAGACCAUUGAGGAGUAAUUUUCACCACCAUGAGAGGGAGACCUGAAGACGAAAAAAGAAAAAAACGAUGGCCAUGCCGAGUUUUAUUACAAAGCGAGUGUGGUGAGGGCGUUUACGGGCUUUUUCCUGCAGGGCUUUAUUUAGUAGAUAAAGAAUUGACUCCCAAUGUUAUGUUUUCUUCUGCUUUUGGAGCCUUUCAUCUGGCGGGCGCCGACUAGCCAGUCGCCUAAUCCUUGUGAUCUCAUCAUGACCCGCGACUCUAGGUUGGUCGUCACUU